AUGGCUAAACAUGAAAGUCAGCAGUACUUUUUAACGAACUCAUUCUUGGAGGAUUUCCUCAACGCCUUCAAAGCCAAAUACGGGAUCGAAACUACAGUUAGUGCCAGGUCCUCUCUCGUUCAAGUCAGCUCGACAGGUCAGAAAUGGACUUCGGAGAUAACCCCUGACGGAAUUGAGUGGUACCACAAGGACUCUAGCAAAAAGUUAGUGGGAACACUCGACAAGCAUAACAAUUUUGUGGUCAUUGACGUUCCCAUGACAGACCGAGAGCUUGUUUAUCCGUGUAGGAACUGCAAAAUCUUAGGUGGCUGGUCUGCCGCUAAUACUGAGAGUGAG